AUGCGUGUCGUCAGUACUGCCAGCGCUGCCGCCUUUUUGGCAGGCCAGGUUCUUGGUCACCCUUCCGCAAUUCCACCUCUCAAUGGUGUCAGCAGAAGAUCGGUGGACUUGAACAACUUCCGUUUCGACACUGCUACCGAGUACGUCAACACGGCCGAUACUAAAGAUCACCCAAUUGCCAAGCUUGCCAGAAGAGGAGAUUAUCUCGAGACUGCUACUGAACUCGUCAAGAAAAUCGCUCCAAAUUCCGAGUUCCGAAUUGCUGAUGACCACUACGUUGGAGACAACGGUAUUGCCCAUGUCAACUUCAAGCAGACCGUUCACGGCCUUGAUAUCGAUAAUGCUGAUUUCAACGUCAACGUAUGUACUCUGUUUAUUUUGAUCUCGAGAAGAAUCUGACAGGAGCUAUAGAUUGCCAAAGACGGUUCCGUGUUCUCCUUCGGAAACUCUUUCUAUGCUGGAGAAGGUCCCGCUGAGAGCCCAUUGGUGAAACGUGACAACCAGAUUGACCCAGUUGCUGCUUUACAAGGUGCCUCAACUGUUUUGGAUCUAUCCAUCGCCGCAACUGGCGCAACUGCCAAACCAGAGGAGCCACUUGAGCAUUACGAAAUCCAGGGAUCUACUGGUACCGUCUCUGCUCCAAAAGCACGUCUGCAGUACAUUCAAACUCCUGACAAGAAGACCCUUUCUUUGGUCUGGAGAGUUGAGACCGAUGUUUACGAUGACUGGAUUCUUUCAUAUGUGGAUGCCAAGGAUGCUACUAAGAUCCACAACAUUGUCAACUACGUUGCCGAUGCCUCUUACGAGGUUUAGUAAGUUUGCUUCUUAAUCCUUCGAAGAUCAGUUCUGACCUUAUUAUAGCCCAUGGGGAACCAAUGAUCCUAACAAGGGGCCCCGUACUAUCGAGACCAACCCAUCUGACCCAACAGCAUCAGAAUUCACGUGGCAAGGAGAUGGAACGACCACAUAUACCACUACACGAGGCAACAAUGCCAUUGCCCAAGCAAACUAUGAAGGCGACAAUAACUACUUGAACGACUACCGUCCUACUGCUACUGGGGCAAACUUCCUUUACGAUUUCACCCCAUCGCCAAGAGAUUUCAAGACAUAUUCCAAUGCAUCCGUUACCCAACUCUUCUACACCGCAAACAACUACCACGAUCUCCUUUACAAGCUUGGGUUCAACGAGAGAGCCGGUAACUUUGAAACCAACAUCAACGGACAAGGAGGAAGAGGUGCCGACGAGGUUAUCCUCAAUGCUCAAGAUGGUUCAGGUACCAACAACGCCAACUUUGCCACUCCUGUCGAUGGACAGAAGCCAAGAAUGAGAAUGUUCAUGUGGACUCAAACCACACCAAACCGUGAUUGCGCUUUUGAUGCAGGUGUUAUUAUCCACGAAUAUACCCACGGACUUUCCAACAGAUUGACAGGUGGUCCAGCAAACUCCAACUGCUUGAAUGUCCUCGAGGCCGGUGGAAUGGGAGAGGGAUGGGGAGAUUUCUAUGCUAUUGCAAUCCACCUUACGACUCGCGAUAACAGAAGCGUGAACAAGCCAUUGGGAGACUGGAUUUACAACAACCCAAAUGGUAUUAGACAAUACUUGUUCUCAACAAGCAUGACCACCAACCCCCUUACUUACAGGAGCACCAACAGCUUGAACGAAGUCCAUGCCAUUGGAACACUUUGGGCUAACAUUCUGUUCGAGUUGGUCUGGAACCUUAUUGACAAACACGGCAUCACUAGCACCAAGUUCCCUGUCUUCCAAAACGGUAUCCCAACUGACGGACGAUUCUUGACCAUGAAGUUGGUCGCUGACGCUAUGGCACUGUAAGUUUCCUGUUUCAUCUUUGAUAUAUCAACGCUAACCUAUUCUCACAGCCAACCUUGCAACCCAACCUUCAUCUCAGCUCGUGAUGCUAUCAUUGAUGCUGAUGAGAACCUUACUGGUGGUGCCAACGUCUGCGAAAUCUGGACUGCGUUUGCCAAGCGUGGUGUUGGAUCUACAGCAAGCCGAGGAAGCGGAUCUGCCAACAGAGUUGAAAGCUUCACCAUUCCAUCAGGCGUUUGCUAA